ACAACUGAAAUUAAAGAUGAAUCAUUUUAUCGUAAAGAUUCUUACCUUAAUACUUAUUUUUACUACCUUAACCUUCAGCAUAGAAUGGGAAGGCAAUCAAUUGCUUGAUAGAAUUUCUUUUAAAAUAGAAGCUAUUUGUCCAUAUGGGAGUGGUCAAUGCCCAAAUAACAAAUGUUGCCCUUUAAAUUCAUUUUGUGCACGUGGUGGUUGCUGUCCACAUGGAACUGGUCAAUGUCCAAAUGGUUCAUGCGCUCCUCCAAAUUUUAAUUGUUGUAAAGGUAAAGGAGCAGGUCAAGUAUGUGUACCUGGUGGAUGAUGUCCAAAUGGAUUUGGUCGACACAUAGAUGGUAGUAAAAAAUAUUGUCCUUUAGCUCCUUCUACAGAAGAUACAACGAUAAUACCUCCACAGGGACCUGGUGAAAGUCCAAUAUGGAAAGGCUUAAAACCUUAUCGUGGUAAAUUAAAACUAGUGGAAAUGGAAAAAAUAAAAAAUAUUAUGAAUGGGAUUUUACUCAUAAUUAUCAUAUUAUUAGGGGGUUAGAAAGGGUAUAUUUAUGCAUUUAUUGUAUUUUUUAGUUCAGAUUUUAAUUAAAUAGAAAUCAUCCUAUAUGCUUUGUGUAAUUUACAAUAGUGUUUAAUUCCAAUUACUUAUUUAGAUGUUAAUUUGAUUAUUUAAUAAAUCCAGUAUAUUAUCUACUAUACCAUUUUAUAU